AGUGAAAGUAAAACUCAGCAGCUCCAUUUUGUGUGGAGGGGAAAACAAACCAUUUCAGGAGUAAAAACACAGGUUUGAUUUAACACACCGAUGUUGGAGUGAAGUAAACGUGUGUCCUGCUGUAAUCUGGAGAAGGAGACAUGACCUCCAACAUGAGUGUGUCUGGAAAACAAGACUUAAAGAAAGACGAGAGAAUGAUGGAGGGAAAGAGAUCAGACUCACCAGAACCCAGCUGUGUGUCCAUGAAGAGUGACGCGUCAAUGGAAGAUCCAAUAUACUUCAGAGACAGAGACAGUUCUACUGAUGUGAGACCACAAAAGAAAGAAUCAAACAUCAGCAGAAAUCAGUUAGAGUCCAUAUUCAAGGAGCUGGAACACAAAGUCAUCACUCUGAUAAAGAAUGAGCUGAAGAGGUUUAGGAAGCUCCUGAGUCCAGAUUACCCAGCAUGCACUGAGAGGGAGGUGGAGGAUGAGGAGGAUCUGCACAGUGUCAGAGAGGGAGCGCUGAAGAUCACACUGCACGUCCUGAAGAACAUGAACCACACAGAUCUCGCUAACACGCUGCACAACAAGUCUGUGGCCUCUGUGUAUCAGUCAAAGUUGAAAUCCAACCUGAGAGAGAAGUUUAAAAGAAUUAAUGAAGGAAUCUCACAGCAUGGAAGCUCAGCACUUCUGAAUGAGAUCUACACAGAGCUCUACAUCACAGAGGGUUGGAGUGGAGACGUCAAUAAUGAACAUGAGGUGAGGCAGAUUGAGACAGCGUCCAGGAGAACAGCAACACAGGAGACACCCAUCAAAUGUAAUGACCUCUUUAAAGACAAGUCCAUCAGAACUGUGCUGACUAAAGGAGUUGCUGGAAUUGGAAAAACAGUCUCUGUGCAGAAGUUCAUCCUGGACUGGGCUGAAGAAAAAGCAAAUCAGGACAUCACCUUCAUGUUUCCACUUCCCUUUAGAGAGCUGAAUUUGAUGAAGCAGAAAAGUCUCAGUCUGAUUAAUCUUUUUCAUCACUUUUUCCCAGAAAUUAGAAAACUAGAAUUAAUAGACUCCUACAAAGUGGUGUUGAUCUUUGAUGGUCUGGAUGAGUGUCGACUUCCUCUAAAUUUCCGGAACAAUGAGAGAUUGUGUGAUGUGACAGAGUCAGCCUCAGUGGAUGUGCUGCUGACAAACCUCAUCAAGGGGAAUCUGCUUCCCUCUGCUCUCCUCUGGAUAACCUCUCGACCAGGAGCAGCCAGUCAGAUCCCUCCUGAGUGUGUAGACCAGGUAACAGAGGUACGAGGGUUCAGUGAUCCUCAGAAAGAGGAGUACGUCAGGAAGAGGAUCAGUGAUCAGAGCCUGGCCAAUAAAAUCAUCACACACAUAAAGUCUUCAAGAAGCCUCUACAUCAUGUGCCACAUCCCAGUCUUCUCCUGGAUUUCAGCCACUGUUCUAGAGAGAAUGUUGGGUGAAGCAGAGAGUGGAGAGAUCCCCAAGACUCUGACUCAAAUGUUCACACACUUCCUGAUCUUCCAGAUCAAACAUAAGGACCAAAAGUACUAUCAGAAAUGUGACCCUGAUCCUCAGCAGACCAGAGAGAGUAUCCUGGCACUGGGAAAACUGGCUUUCCAACAGCUGGAGAAAGGAAACCUGAUCUUCUAUGAGGAAGACCUGAAAGAGUGUGGCAUUGAUGUCAGAGAAGUGUCAGUGUACUCAGGAGUGUGUGCCCAAAUCUUCAGAGAGGAGAUUGGGCUUCACCUGGCGAAGGUGUUCAGCUUUGUACAUCUGAGUGUUCAGGAGUUUCUGGCUGCUUUAUAUGCAUUUCUCUCCUCCAUCACCAGAAAUGUAACAGAACAACAAAUCACUGAUCUGUCUGAUCUUUUCACAAAGUCAAACAUGUCUGAUUUCCUCAGGAGUGCAGUGGACAAGGCCUUACAGAUUGAGAAUGGACACCUGGACCUGUUUCUCCGCUUCGUUCUGGGUCUCUCCCUGGAGUCCAAUCAGACUCUCUUACGAGGCUUAAUGCCACAGACAGGAUCCAGCUCUCACAGCAAACAGGAAACAGUCGAGUACAUCAAGGAGAAGAUCAGGGAGAAUCCAUCUCCAGAGAAAUCCAUCAAUCUGUUCCACUGUCUGAAUGAACUGAAUGAUCAUUCUCUAGUGCAGGAUGUACAAACUUACCUGAACAGAGAUUACUAUCGUCUCAGGGGAAGCAGACUCUCUCCUGCUCAGUGGUCAGCUCUGGUGUUUGUGUUACUGAACUCAGAACAGGAGCUGGAUUUGUUUGAUUUAAGGAAAUAUGACCCUUCAGAGGAAUGUCUUCUGAGGCUGCUGCCAGUCAUCAAAGCCUCCAGAAAAGCUGACCUGCAUGAGAGUAAUCUGACAGAGGAAAGCUGUAGAGCUCUGUCCUCAGUUCUCAGCUCAAACUCCUCCAGUCUGAGAGAACUGAACCUGAGUGACAAUAAACUGCAGGAUUCAGGAGUGAAGCUGCUCUCUGCUGGACUGGAGAAUCCACACUGUACACUGGAGAAACUGAGGCUGUGGAAGUGUAAUCUGACAGAGGAAAGCUGUAGAGUUCUGUCCUCAGUUCUCAGCUCAAACUCCUCCAGUCUGAGAGAACUGGACCUGAGUUACAAUAAACUGCAGGAUUCAGGAGUGAAGCUGCUCUCUGCUGGACUGGAGAAUCCACACUGUACACUGGAGAUACUGAGUCUGUGUGAGUGUAAUCUGACAGAGGAAAGCUGUAGAGUUCUGUCCUCAGUUCUCAGCUCAAACUCCUCCAGUCUGAGAGAACUGGACCUGAGUUACAAUAAACUGCAGGAUUCAGGAGUGAAGCUGCUCUCUGCUGGACUGGAGAAUCCACACUGUACACUGGAGAUACUGAGGAUGCGUUACUGCAGUAUUACAGAUGAAGGUUGUGCUGCUCUGGCUUCAGCUUUGAGGUCAAACUCCUCAUCACACCUGAGAGAUCUGAAUCUGAACAGUAAUAAUCCAGGAGAAUCAGGAGUGAAGCUGCUCUCUGAUAUACUGAAGGAUCCACACUGUAAACUGAAGAAACUACACAUUAAGGAUUAUUAACUCACCAAGACUGGCUACGACAGGAGUCUCACCUCAAAGCUUUUUUCCAGGAUAAAGCAGUUUUGGUGAAGCGUUAGAACCCGUCCCACAUUUCCAGCAGUUUGGGAGCUGAAUCAUUCAUAUUCACAUGUAGACGUUCCAUCACAUCCUUUUAUCCACUCAGCUACAAGUUACUUCAGGCUUUAAUAACAUAUUUUACAAUCCAAAGUCAAAUCCUUCAGCGUCUACACACAACACAGAGAUAUCAUCACAUCAUCACACUGAUUAUACAAAUACACAUCCAUGUGUUGUAGCUGUAAAACCAAUGGAGAAAGAUUGUUAAACCUGCACGGAUCUAAUCAUCAAGGUUGGAUGCUGAGUUCAUUCAUUCAAGGACACCUGGGAAAAGCCACAAUGUGUUGUUCAACUUUGAGAUGCUACUGGUAGGACAAAGACUCUAGAUUUUUCUAGUAAUUAAAGACUGUUUAUGAGAACGCUAUGUUGACUUGCAAGGUGUUUGUAUUGUAAGCGGUUUAGCAUCUAAUGGCUAAUUAGCCAUGUGCAGUAACAGUAACAUUUUAUUUAGCAGUGCUUUUGAAUUGCUAUGUUUAUAUGUUCUUUGAUAAGUGACUUGUGAGUAUACUAGCAAGUUUGUAGUUAAUAUCCUUAAAUGUACUUGAUUAUUUCACUACUAUGUAUUGCCUUUGCU